AUGCGCAGUACUGGGUAUACCGCGCAGAACCCGAGCGUCGAUCAGCUCUUUUGUGACAGGGAACUGCCCUUUGGAUGGUACAAGUUCAAAGGAGGAUUAAAGCUGGCGACCACGUGUCAGGCGGAGUACCACUGUAACACCCAUCUCCCAUUGUGGAUGAACGGCACGCAUCCUGCAGCUCUGGGGGCCAUCGUCACCAACAACGUUUGCGCCAUCGAUAUGACGGGCCUGGAUUGCUGCUCCCUACAAAGCACCAUCAGGGUAAAAAACUGCAGUACUUUUUUCGCCUACGAACUGAAACCCGCGCCCGGUUGCCACAUGUCCUACUGUGCAGGAAGUGGAACCCCCUGUCUUCCACACCAGACGUCAGCUACUGGCUUCACACCGGGGUGUUCCGACAAGUUUCCACAGAUGCUGACUUCACCACACUUAUCCAACCCAAUUUUGACGCCCGGGUCGUUUAAAUUCCAGUGCGAUAUUAAUUUUGACCACGCUCGACGUGACGUCGGUUUUGACGUACAGUUCCUUUUUGACGACAAGCCCGACCGUAACGUCCCGCCCGUGCAUAUUACUGACGGGGUCACUAGGCACGCUGACCUAGAUCAAAAUCUUCUGAAGGGUCAUAUGGGGCAAAACGUGAGCUGCGCUGUGCGGACAUUCUUUCUAACUCCCCCGAAGCCUGGCACCCAUUUCAACAGCACCUACAUUCCGAGUAACAUCUACUGGAUCGGCAUUAAGACAUACACAAACCGCCUUGUAGUCGGAGAAAAUGAGAAUCCGAAGACUGUUUCCAUCUACUCUACAGUCCCCAUCCGCUGUCCUCCCCCACACGACAAAACAUGCAACCUUGAGAUUGAACUUGGCCCCAUAAACAAUAACGGACAGGUGGCUUUUGUGAAAGAUUGUAACGUGCACUUCACCCCGGCAAUGUGGAACCCGAAGACAAACAGGGCAACCACCACUUUCCAGGUGUCAGCCACCAGGGAUGGUAAGGCGGACAAGGACAAGGAUAUUUUCCUUCAUUUUAAUCCCAUUUAUACCGCUGAUGCCCCGCGAUUCUUCAACAACUACCAAAUUCCGCUCAUGCAAAUUUUAGCAAAAGAUAUAAACACGUCUACCUGUUGGUGUACGGGCGACCCUCAUUGUAUCACCCUGGAUACAACCCUCACGAAGAAGGGCUCCUAUUUGGACUACUACUUGAUCGGAGAGUUUAUUAUGUAUAACAGCACCACCAGAGACUUCCAGGUACAAGUCAGGACGUGGAAAUGUAAUCACAGAGUGUCAUGUAACUGCGGAGUCGCAAUGAAAGAGGGAAAUAACGUCGUAAUUCUCGACAUGUGCCAAACACAGUACGGGACUUCUUUUCCGCGUAUAGUUUUUCCCAACAAUAGCUCUCAUAGAAUGGUGGUCAACAGGGACAAAGCAGGGAACAGUUGGAUUGUGAGUUUUCCGUCAGGCGCCCAGGUCAAAGUAACAAACUACCGUAGCGUAGCGUUGAACGUGCACAUUACUGCCCCUGAAGUCGACUUCUCCGGAACGGAGGGUCUGUGUGGCUUUUUUGACGGAAACAGGGACAACGACCUAACGUAUCCGACAGGAAAGAUUGCCACCUUCCCGACCAAUCGUUCACAGAAUAAUAACUUCGUCGAAAGCUGGAGGAUUCCAGUUGGCGACUCGUUUUUCGACAAGACCCCAGCCAUUGACCCAAAACUGAACAGACACAUGAAUUACUGCAAGUGUGAUCAGAAGGUGAAGGGUCAAGUCACGUGCAAUAUCGAUGGCAACACGGCAGUUCCCACCAAUGCUCGCUGCUCUGCAUGCACAGUUAACGUUGUUAGUAACGGACAACUGAACACCGGAAAUGGUCGCCGUCGGCGUGCCGCCAGUACCAUACUCCCAGAUGAUUACCCCUCAGACUACUACUUCGACUACGGUCUCUCGUUUCAGCCUCAACUGUUAGCGAACUUUCCGAGUGUUAACGGAAAAUCCCGAGCGGAAGCGGAAAAAGCCUGUAACUCUGCGAUCGAUAAUAACCCGACUUUACAACAGUGCAUUGCCAAGGCGGGGCUAGAUUUCUCCAACGAAAAGGAUAUUUGUAUCGAAGACUUUAAGUAUUUUGACAACGGAGAGCUAGUCCGAAGCGCCCUGCAUACAGCCAUAUACAAAUGCACAGACCACGUGCUACGUAACGUCUCGCUCCAUGACACCAGCGGUAAUCCACCUGCAUACGCCACCAGCGAACUCUGUCCGGAUUACGAUUGUAAUGAUAAUGGCGUAUGUGUGAACGGAACUUGUAUCUGUAACCAUGGUUUCGUAGGUGAUUCGUGUGAGAUAAACUCACAGAAUGUGAGUAUAUAUGUAUCCCGAACCGACACAUUUCGCACGUCAUAUAUCGGGAAGUCGGUACUGUGUGACGUCACAGACCGCGAAUGCGUGACCUCAUACGUACAUGGGGACAAUAUUUACGACAACUCUCGUCUCUCAUGUAGAGUCCGCGUCAUGCAGUUUGACGGCCAUGGAUUCGUUUACAAGGGCCAUACAUUCACUACUGGCGUGGUUUAUAGGAGCAUGUAUGACGUCGGAUGUCGCCUACCAACUAAGGCUUCCAUUGGGGGUCAGACUGUUGUUGGCUUCAACAUUUCCGUGACAAACGACGGCCACACAUACAGUAAUGAGAUAACUGCCGUACGGACAGACAGCCAAUGUGCCAACUGUCUAAAAUCAGGGACGUCGUGUACUGUGAAGCCUGGCACCUGUCUGAUUGAGGGUAACUGUAGGACGGCGGGGGAGGUAAAUGCUAAAAACAAGAACCAGCAAUGUGACCCUACACACAGUCAGACAGCAUGGGCCAAUAACCAGCCCGUAACCACCGCGGAGAGCCACACCGUUACCACCCCACCCACCGCUCCCCAAGGUGGAACCUAUUUGAAGAGAUUCGAUAUCUGGACGUUCUCACAGAGCGGAUGUCAGUGUGCUCAUAAUCACGCGCUGUACACGUGCGCGUGCUGUGACGUAGGCGGAUGUCAGUGUCAAGCGCCACAUUCCAACCAGUGUGUGAAGUGUGAGGAUACACAUAUAUGCGGACAUCUUCUGGCUGCCCCCAGCAACGGUGUGGACGGCUAUACGAUCGCCAUAAGCGGCUGCAAAUGCAGAUUUGACCCUAGCCAGUCAAACUGUGCAUGCUGCAGGAUAGGCAUUGGUGCGUGUCCAUGUGGACGGACCCAGCGGAACCAAUGUGCCGCCUGUGACUUUAUGUACCAGUGCGGCAACAAGCCAUGGAUAUUCGGACCGCCGAUGGCCUAGGGCCAACUUGGAUAUUUGAA